UGAGUAGAGUCAAAAUCCUUGAUCAGUAGAUAGUCCUUAAUGUCAGAGUUGCAAAAAAAAAUCGAUCCGUAUUUGGCCGUUCCGAGGUUGAGGAAAAUACUGCUGACCAAGAGGAACGUGGGCUCCGGUACAAGUUGGGAAGAAAUCCACCCGAAAAAAUAAUUUUGGGGUCCCUGUGGUUAUUUUUAUGAUGCAAAUAUGUUUAGGUCACUGAAGUGUGACUUCCAACUUUAACAAACUUUAUAGUCUUUAUACAAGCAAGAGAGUCGUAUCGAGAAAGAUGAAUUCUUAUUUAGGCAGCUUAGAGGCUCUAAAUGACCCUCGAAAUGCUGUUCUCAAGCAAGAAAGGUGUGCCGCGGCACAUUCGCCAAAACAACAGUUAAGGUUAAUGAAGAAAAGACACUUGGAAAAAUCACAGAGUGAAAAAAAUGAGCCAAGACAAAAGAUUGAAGGUAUUAAUGUAAAUGUGAGUGGAAAAUACUAUAUCAUUCCGUAUGAGAAGCUACUAAAGUAUCCUAAGAGUUUGCUGGCCGAUCCUAAACAGAGGAAAAAAUUCUACGACUUUAAGAAAAACGAAUACUUUUUUGAUCAUAAUCGAAUUGUAGCUGAAUCAAUCUACAACUUUUAUCAACAUGGCGAGUUAAUCAAACCUCCAAACAUUCCUGAACAGCUAUUUGCAGAUGAAUUGACCUUCUUUGGGGUUUAUGAAUACCUUAAUGAAGGAGAAAAGGAUAGAUUAUUUGACAUAACCACUGCUUCAGACCAGCUUCAACAGGAACAAGGCUACGAUAUAAGAAGAAUUAUAUGGCUGUUGUUAGAAAAACCAGAAGCGAACAUGGCAAGUCGAGCGUACAAUUUGUUUUCACUAGUAGUUAUUGUAUUUUCUGUGCUUCUUCUAUGUAUUGAUUCUUUUGAACAAGAUUUAACUGCUGUUGAGAGCCCCUCUAACUCCUCUACAGCGAGAGAAAAACUGUACAGAACAAACCAGAAUACAAACUAUUGGAUCUUUGUCUCUGAAGCGACAUGUAUUGCAUUUUUCACACUUGAGCUAAUAGCACGGUUCAUAGUCAGCUGGAAUAAACGUAAAUUCCUUAAAAAUAUUCUUAACAUUAUUGAUCUUGUAGCAAUUAUUCCGUUCYACAUCAGUCUUUUACUUGACAUGAGUGUAAUUGGGGCGUCGCUAUCCGUCUUGAGAGUUUUACGUCUAGGAAAAAUAUUUCGUGUCCUCAAGAUUUCACGUUACACAGCAAGUCUAAAAAUCAUUAUCCAGACUCUUUSGUCGGGACACAGAGAUCUGUGGAUGCUGCUUUUUCUGAUGUUUGUCCAGUCGUUGUUUUUUGCGAGUGUGACGUAUUACUUCGAACAUAUAUGGGCAGCAUCAGAUACGAACUUCACGAGUAUUCCUUCUGCCUUGUGGUGGGCGUUUAUUUCCAGUAUGACGAUUGGUUAUGGGGACAUGGUUCCUGUUAGUAAUGUUGGUAAACUUUCUGGUGCUGUUUGUGCAAUAUCUGGUGUAAUUGUCAUGGCUCCCAUCUUACCGAUAAUCUWUGAUCGUUGGACAAGAUACAACCGCUUAGUCCGUGAGGCAAGACAGCGGCAAAAAUUCCAACGCAAAUACGGCCAGGAAGACCUUGAUCAUCUUAGUGUUAUCCGUGUGCAAUCUGGGGAAAAAAAGAAAGGAUUUAUAUUGUAGAGUCCGUGUUAGAUUACAGAGACCUUGGGUAAAUGACCAUGCAUUAAUAUUUUAUCUUUAUAUAUAAUAGUUUUUCAAUAUUUUCGCGGUACUGUUAAGUGUCACGUUAAAUGAAUUCUUCAUUUUCAUAUGUAAACCGGGUCUUCAUCACUUAGAAUUAAAUAUUAACAUUCACAAUCUUCAUCAAUAGAGCAUAAUGCAUUGUGGUCUAGAUUGGGUAGAAGUGUCCUUUACCCAAAAUAGACCAGGGGUGCUUUUAAAAUCACUAUUCGAAAAAUAAAAUGGUAUAUGUCAUUCUAAUCGGAAAGUUGCAGAAAACUCGGUCUUCCGAUUAAGGUAAUCCACUUUUCCCGCUCUUUUCGUAGACGCGUGUACCAUUUGUAAAAAGUCAAAGUUUCCCGCUCUUUUCUUGCCAUUAGCGAAUGAAUUUCCAACRAGAUUCAUUGACUUAAAUGGUAUAAGCGCUUCAGAUUCCAACAUCAUUUUUUCCCCUUUUUGCGGGGCACCAGCCAUGACUGGUAAUUUCUGGUUUGGCUUGCRCAUGCUCACUGAUUACUUUUGAGCACGCAUGCGCAUACUCCRCUUUAUGAAUGAAACUUGCACCAUCAAUAUAUUGAAUUUUUUCUCUAAUUAUUUUUUAACUUGAUUAAACAUGGACCAUACCUCCAGGCCCUGUGCUGAAGCGCAGUAUGGCAGCGCGAAGCAUUUACGGCUAUGCCGGAGAUUUCGACCCC